UUCAUUUGAUUGUUUAUGACGGAGGCAUCUUAGGGGCGACUACGGUUUGCUGUGUCCAGACAUCAGACAAUAACUCGUGCGAGUCUACGCUCAUUUAGAGGAGAAGCCGUCAGACACGCUGCCAUCAUCACAUACAAAAAGAAGACAAAAUGAGUGAGGAAAGCAGGACGGUGUGGGUGGGAAACUUUGACCCUGAGAAAGUAACACAGGAUCUUCUAUACGAAUUGUUUUUGCAGAAAAUAUUUUACUACUUCUUGGUCAAUUUUCAUUUAACACGGGCACUUAAUUCUUCUGGUCUAACAAUGGCAGAUAAAAAGGAUGAUCCAGGAGACUGUAAAGUCUGCUUCAUGAGAUUUGACACAGAGGUCCGACGUCCACGCAUGUUGGUUUCAUGUGGUCAUUCAUUUUGCUCUAUCUGCAUUACCAACAUGAUCAAGGACAACAGCACUAUACUAUGCCCUAGCUGCCGAACAGAACAAGCCCUUACAGAAGCUGAGCAGCUUCCUAUCAACUUUGCUUUGUUAGAGUUGGUGGAUUCCGACAAUUCUUCCAGUGAAUCAGUGGUAACUGACCAGCACCUCAGAACAAGUAUUGACCCUCUAAUCAGGGCCCCAGUACUUAAUGCAGGGCAUUGUGAAGAUCAUGGACAGUACAAGUUGUUCCAGUGCACCACUUGUGCUGAGUAUAUCUGUCAUGUGUGUACUGUUGUUGAUCAUCCAAGUAGCACCUGCACAGUCAUAUCUAUAAAAAAGUCGGUAGAUGACUCAAAGAUGCUUCAUACAAACAGUAUUAGCACUGAUAUUAAUAAGUGCAAGGAAGUGACAGACCAUCUUGAAAAUUAUGAUGCUUACUUGGAGACCUGGAUCAAGGAUCAUGAAGACCAUAUCAGCCAACUGAAAGCAGAAGUGCAGCUUCAUAAGGAUAUGAUGCAGAAAUUGCGAGAUGAAAGGGAAAGAAUAAAAAGAACUCUUGAUGAAGGCCUUCAGAAAAUGGAAUCUCUUGAAGCUGAACAAACUAAUCUCGGGGCCAGUUUCACACUGCAGGAAGUUAGUGAUGCUGUUUGUGAUGCAUUGCAUGUCCAAACAGAUACUAGAAACUGGAACCUUCAGUGUACUGAGCAGUUCCCUGAAACAUCACUUGUUUCCUCAUCACUGAAGAUGCAUACAGUGACUGCCUUUGCCCUUGACAUGAUGAGAAACUAUGAUCAAGAAAAUAGCACUGAAGCUCAAGAUCGCACUGACAGAGAUCAGGACAUCACCACAACAGGGCAAGAGAGGACAAUCAACUCGCAAGAACCAUCUGCAUCAAUUAAAGAAAAGCUUAUUGCGCUUAUGCAAACAAAGGGCCUGUCUGAAGCCACCCCAGGAGACAAUAACCCCUCUGCAAAUGUCAGUGGAGCAGAAGCACCAGAAGCUGGUGUUGGCAGUCUAGGAGGCGGCACACCCCAUCCUCCACUAACAAGGGCACCACCUUUCACUCACCUACACGCAUACUGCUCAGGUGGUCAUUCAGACUAUCCUACACAGCUGGCCAAGUGGGCUAGUUACUACCGCAGUUACGGAAUGCACAGAGAAGCCGAGAUUAUGGAACAGCAAGCUAGAAGCAUAAUGGACCAUUUAAAAGGGACUGGGCCACCAGCACCAGCCCCCGGAGUGAUGGCAGCAGCAGCAGUAGUGCCAGUUACAUGUCCUCCUCUUACUCAGCCAUGUAACUACUCCCAGGAAUGGAUUGAUUACUACCAUUUACAUGGUAUGCAUGAAGAGGCACACUUAUUAGAACAGCAAAUGCAAACUCUCAAGAGAGAUGGAAGCAAUCCCGGAACAUUUGCUCCUCAGCCACCCUACUAUGGCGGAUAUUAGAUUGACAGGAGAACAAGUCUGAAGUUAAUACAGUAUACUAUACAUUGAAAACUAGUAUACUUUAACAAAGAUUCCAUUACACUGCCUUUAUUAGAAAAGAAAAUUGGAUACUGUACAUCAUGAGGUCAGACAAAAAAUGCUUAUACAGUGUAUUUUACAUGCUGAAAAAGAUAAAUUAUACAUGUAACUAUUUAUGCCUAUUAAAUGUUAUGAAUGCA